AACCCAAGCCUCCGGCUGUAGCUGCACAGGUCGCCAUGGGGCUGGGAAUACUGCUCCUGCUGCUGUUCUGGUCUGGGGGGACGCAGGGCUCCAAGUUGGACCCCAAAGGGAAGCAUGUCUGCGUGGCCAACAGCACUUCUGCUGAGCUCCAGUGUUGCCCAGGCUGGAGGCAGAAAGAUCAAGAAUGCACGAUCCCCAUCUGUGAGGGCGUGGACGCCUGCCGAAAAGAUGAGGUAUGUGUGAAACCAGGCCUCUGUCGGUGCAAACCUGGAUUCUUCGGUGCCCAGUGCAACUCCCGCUGCCCGGGCCAGUACUGGGGCCCCGACUGUCGUCAGAGCUGCACCUGCCACCCGCAUGGCCAGUGCGAGCCGGCCACGGGCGUGUGCCGCUGCCAAGCUGGCCGCUGGGGCAAACACUGCGAGUUCGCCUGCACCUGCGGCACCCGCGGGCGUUGUGACCCCGCGACGGGCGCAUGCCACUGCGAUCCCGGCUGGUGGUCGCCCACGUGCCACCGCCCGUGCCAGUGUAACCUGGCGACGGCGCGCUGUGACCCGGACACGGGCGCCUGCCUGUGCGAGCCGGGCUGGUGGGGCCGCCGCUGCAGCUUCCAGUGCACUUGCAACGGCUCGCCGUGCGCUCAGGAGUCGGGCCGCUGCGCCUGCCUGCCCGGCUGGCGGGGCAACAAGUGCCAGCACCCUUGUGAGUGUGUGCGCGGCCACUGCAGCGCCGACUCCGGCCAGUGCACCUGCCCACCCGGCUUCCGCGGCGCGCGCUGCGAGCUGCCCUGCCCGCCCGGCCGCUACGGGGAGCAGUGUCGCGACCAUUGUGGCCACUGCAAGCAGAAUGAGCCUUGCUCUGCAGACACAGGCAGCUGUCAGUCCUGUGAGCCCGGCUGGAAUGGGACCCUGUGCCAACAUCCCUGCCCAUCUGGAACCUUUGGCGAGAGCUGCAGACAGCAGUGCCCCCAUUGCCGGUUUGGGGAAACCUGUCAACCAGACAAUGGGCACUGUGAGCAUUGUGACUCCGGCUGGCUAGGGCCCAGGUGUGAAGACCCCUGCCCUAUUGGCACCUAUGGGGAGGGCUGUGGCUCUACCUGCCCCACCUGUGUUCAGGGGACCUGUGAUGCUGUGACUGGGGAAUGUAUCUGCAACACCGGCUACUGGGGGCCCAGCUGCAACAUUUCAUGCCCAUCUGGCUUCCACGGAAACAAUUGCUCUAUUCCCUGUGAAUGCCUAGAGGGACCCUGCCAUCCUGUCUCUGGGGCCUGCCAGCUUGGAUCUCACGGCCAGGAUGUGGCCCUCAUUGUGGGCAUCCUUGUACCUCUGCUACUGCUUCUCUUAGGGAUUGCCUGCUGUGUCUGCUGUUGCUGGGCUGCACGACUGGACCCCAAGGACAGACCAGUGAGAGAUGGAGCUGCUGUGUCCAGGAUGAAGCUGCAGGUCUGGGGGGCACUGGCCAGCCUGGGCUCUGUGCUUCCGUGUGGUUCCCUCAGCAGCCACAAGCUUCCCUGGGUGACAGUCUCCCACCACGACCCGGAGGUCCCCUUCAACCACAGUUUCAUCGAGCCUCCUUCUGCUGGCUGGGCCUCAGAUGACUCCUUCUCUUCUGAUCCUGAGUCUGGAGAGGAUGAUGAAGGUCCUGCCUAUUGCGUCCCACCCCAAGAAGGGAUGGUCCCUGUGGCCCAAGAAGAGUUGCCAGGGGUCAAUCUAGCUGGAGGUCCCUUCCCACCCCCUGAGGAUGCCUCUACACCUUUCGUCAUCCCACGCACUUCCAGUCUAGCCAGGGCCAAGCGGCCAUCAGUCUCCUUUGCUGAAGGCACCAAGUUUGCACCACAGAGUCACCAGAGCUCAGGGGAGCUCUCCAGCCCACUUCGAAAGCCCAAGAGGCUGCCCCGGGGAGCACAGCCAGGUUCUCAUGGCCCAGAGACUGAGGACUCCACUGGCCCAGAGCAAGCAGAAGUGAAUGAGGCCCCUCCUGAUGCCGCCAGCCCUAAGGACUCAGCUGUUGGCCGCCACCGGUUCCCCCUUGGUGGCCGGACAGUGGCUGAGCGUGUGGAAGCCAUCGAGGGCUGUGUCCAGGAGAGCUCAGACUCUGUGACCACGAUCUACAUGCUGGCAGGGACUCCCCGGGGCUCUGAGGGCCCUGUCAGGUCUGUCCUUCGCCGAUUUGGUAGUUUCCAGAAAGGCCAGGCAGAGCCCAAAGUCAAGAGUGCUAUCCCUAAGCCUCCACGCCGGGCCCUAAGUAGGAACAAGGGCAGCCCAGGGCUGGCCUCUGGCACUGCCAAUCAGAGUCCUGGUUCAGCACCCCCAAAUGAGGUUACUGGAGCCUCAGAGUCUGCAGAAGCCAGGCCAGAGGAAGUGACCAGGGGCCUAGAGGAUGGCAUCAAGGGCUCAGGGAGCACCCAGGAGCCAGCCCCCACCAAUAGCCUCCUGGAACAGGAUCCUCAGAAGCCAGCUGAAGAGGAAGGGCAGGAGGAGCCUCAAUAUGAGAAUGUUACACCUAUGUUUGGGCCCCCAGAGCCCUGAGGACCCUGACAUUGGAGAAUAUUAAGACUAUGGAUGGGGGUGCAUUUGAAUUAGCCCUGGAUCAGAUUCUGUUUUGAGCUAGAAAACAAUCACAGGGCCAGGACAGACAUACCAGAGGUCCUGCCCUUCUACAGGGAAUAGUCAGGGUUGGACGCCAGUUGGCUCUGGGUCCUGGCAAUGCUCUGGGAAUGAUCUGGAAAGCCUGGCAGACACCUCGCAGGAUGGGGUCAGGAAAGGGAAAGAGAUGACUGCAGGGACUUUUUUUUUUCUGUUAUCUUGGACUCUGUUUGCCCCCAAAAGCAAUUUUCCCCCCUUUAUUUGCAAAACAUUUUCCUGAAGUGGGAAAAAACCUAAAUGUUUGAUGGUUAAAGAUAGGUUAAAUAAAUAUUUCAUAUGUAGGUUCCAAAUAAUCCUGAAAAAAAUCACGCUGUGCAAAAAUAUUUAAUGUGGGAAAAUGUUCACACUAUACUGUUGUAUAAAGAAUAGAGAGUAAGUUUCCUUUUUAUGAAUUGAUUUUUCCCUCAGAAUACGUAUUUAGAACUCUCUUUUUGUGUGGAGUUUGUGUUUUACAAACUUUAAAAAAAAUGAUAUUGUGUGCAUAAAAAAGAUUUGAAGGAAAGGCAUCAAUUGAUAUUUUUCUCUGGUAAAUUGAUUGUGUCUAAUAUUUAUUUUCUUCUUAAACUUUUGUAUAAUUUGCAAUUUCCUACAGUGAACUUUCUUUUUACUUUUCUCACUAGAUGGAAUUUUUUAAAAAUAUAAAAAGCAUUUUUUUUUUUUUUUGGUUAAAAAUUACUAACAUUGCAGGUGUACAUAUAAAGUAAAAACGAGAUUUCCCUUCUUCUCAGAGGAAUCAGGAUAUCAGUAAGGGACAGAUUUACCUUUCAUUGGAUGCCUUUUGAGCUUGUUGUUGUUGUUGUUGUUGUUUUAGGUGUGUAGAAGAUCUGGGGUGUAGGCCAGAGGUGCAGCGGGGAAGUUGGGGGGUCGGUGGUGAGAGGAUUCACCAGAGACAGAGUAGGGAGCAGAACAAGCAGAUCUACUGAAAUACUCUGCUGAGGGGAGCAGUGGAGAGGUCUGCUGUGCCAUGUGGGUUAACUCCCUGGCAGAGGAUUGAACUCAGGCCAAGGGGGUAGUAAUGAGACUUAACCCCUGCACCACCAGAGAGGCCCCUUUUGAUCCUUGUGUUGAAUUCUUUCCUCGCCUACUUUUAUUACCUAAUCAGAGAUAAAGAGUGAUUUCCCCUUCUAUGGCAGUGCUCAAAGAAUCCCUUUAACAGCUUAGGUGCUUUCUUUCAGAUUUUUUUUGUGUACAUGUAAACAAAUAUUUACGACAAAGGAAAGAUGAUAUGAAGCAUACUAUUUGCAAUUUGCCUUUUAACUUAAUGUAUCCUGGAUACCUUUUGAUGUCAGUAAAUAUAAAACUACCUCUUUUUAUAAAAUUAAAAAAAGGUGAAAUGAGAUUCCAUCAUGUAGAAAUAACAGGUUAAACAAUCCCCUACCUAUGGGGAAUUGGGUUGUUUUUAAUUGUUUUGAAACAAUAAAUGAUAUAGUAUACUUAUUUU